CUGUGUUCAGAUUCGCAAAACACCGCGCAUCCGGGAAAUUCUUGGCAAAUAUCCAAUGGACGAACGGUUGUCUACAAGCAGGACUCUUUGCUCCAGGUGCCCGACGAUCCACAAGUGAAGAAACGUCAGCGAGAUUUGACUGAAAGCCGCAGAAAGGUGGAGUAUAGACCGCCUGCACUGCACUACACUGACAGCGCCACUCCUGCAUGGAUGUGGUCAACGACGCCACAGUGCACCAAUGACUGGUCAAUACUGCUGCAACCGCUGAGCUAUAUAUUUCUCUUUCUCUCGAGCAUGAUCAAUCCGAUUCUUUACGCGUUUCUUUCGAAACGUUUCCGAGAAGCAGCUAGCGACAUUUUUUACUGCAAGAAAGGAUUUCUAUCUCAUCUUAACCGCACACGAUCACGAACUCGGACGAUCGUCUCCGAUUUACCCGAAGACUCGCGCGGUCCAAAUCCACAAUCCGUCACGAUUCGGCUGAAUCGGUUACGAUAG